UAUCAGCAACACCGUGGAUAAGACGGCGUGCGGGGCUGUAGCCUAUGAGGCUCCGCACAUUACUUUCUUUUACAGGCACCAGAUAACCUGCAACCAUGAGUAUAUUACAGAAGAUUGCAGACAUCGAGGCCGAGAUGGCCCGGACCCAGAAAAACAAAGCCACCAUGGGCCAUUUGGGUCUUCUCAAGGCCAAGUUGGCCAAACUGAAGCGAGAACUGAUCACUCCCAAAGGUGGAGGAGCGACAGCAGGUGAAGGCUUCGAUGUAGCUAAGACUGGAGAUGCCCGCAUUGGUUUUGUGGGCUUCCCUUCAGUUGGCAAGUCCACCCUCCUUAGUAACUUGGCCGGGGUGUACUCAGAGGUUGCAGCAUAUGAGUUCACCACGCUCACCACUGUACCAGGCUGCAUCAAGUACAAGGGAGCCAAGAUUCAGUUACUUGACUUGCCUGGAAUCAUUGAAGGAGCUAAGGAUGGUAAGGGUCGAGGGAAGCAGGUCAUUGCUGUGGCACGCACCUGCUCUCUCAUCUUUAUUGUUCUGGAUGUGCUCAAGCCCAUUGCCCACAAGAAGCUCAUUGAAAAGGAACUUGAAGGAUUUGGCAUCAGAUUGAAUAAGGAACCACCACAGAUUACAUUCCGAAAGAAAGAGAAGGGUGGUGUAAAUUUGCAGUGUGCGGUGCAACAGAAUGAGUUGGAUCUGGAGUUGGUAAAGACCAUCCUUGCUGAGUACCGCAUCCACAAUGCUGACAUUGUGCUCAAGUAUGAUGCCACCGCUGACGACCUCAUUGAUGUGAUUGGAUAUCUUCUCCCUUCAUUUGCCAGCUACACCAAACCAAAAGGACAACUUCCAGACUACAGUGCCCCUGUUGUCUUGCAUGCUGAGAGAAGAACUAUUGAAGACUUUUGCAACAAGAUUCAUCGAUCCAUUAUUCGAGAAUUCAAAUACGCCCUGGUUUGGGGAAGCUCCGUCAAGCACCAGCCACAGAAAGUGGGGAAAGAGCAUGUUCUCAAUGAUGAAGAUGUGGUCCAGAUUUGCAAAAAAGUCUAGGAUUAAUUUAAUGGUUAAGCUCUACAUAAUUUGGGUAAGCUUCAGGGUGAAUUGUUUAUAUUUUGCUCCAUUGUUGCUUUGUGAUAGCCUCCACAUUUUGGAUGCACCCAUCUUCUCUAACAUCAUACACUCACAUGUUUAAUGUGACCUUUCCUAGGCUUUAUAACAGUUUAUGAAAGUUGAAAACUUGACAUAAAAUUAUUUUAAA